GCCUCUUGAGGAAGAGCUGAGGAUGAAGAGCACGGAUGAUAAUGCCCUUUCGGAACAUCCUGAUGUUCAUGGGUCACUGGGUCCCCUGGUGGCCCCCACCCCUCUCCGUCCAUGGCCCCAGAUGACACUUCGGGUUUCUGAAGCUACAGUGACCAACAACCCUUGGGAAGAAGGUGACAUCCCCAGAAGCAAUCCACCUGUGGCUUUUACAGAGGUCCUCCAGACACCAGCCAUCAGGAUUCUUCCAUCUACCCGUGGCCUUCGUGGCCCACCCAAGGACCAGGCCUCAGGGCCCGAUGCAAGUGAUAGAGCCACUGGGCCCUUCCUGGAACCCAGUCAGCACCAGGUGGAGGCCACGUGGGAAAGUGGAGUGGGUCGAAAGGCCCCCACAGUGGGCGCUAUGACAGAUGAGCCGGCUCGGGGUCUGGAGAUUGUGAGUGGGUUGGAGGAGUUGCUUGGUGAAGACACCAUUGACCAGGAGUUGGAGCAGCUCUACCUGUCUCACCUGAGCCGCUUGCGGGCUGUGGCAUCAGGGGCUGGUGGGGAGGGCUCUACAGAUGGAGGGAUGUCCCCCAGCCAUCCCCUGGGCAUACUUACGGACCGUGACUUGAUCUUGAAGUGGCCUGGCCCUGAGAGGGCCCUGAACAGUGCCCUGGCCGAGGAGAUAACACUGCACUAUGCGCGCCUGGGAUGUGGUGUGGAGCUCAUCAAGGACACUGAGGACCCUGAUGAUGAGGGGGAGGGCGAAGAGGGGCUCUCCAUCACUCCCUCUAGCCCUGAAGGAGACACCCCUAAGGAAUCACCUCCAGAAAUUGUCUCUGGGGCACGCUCGGUGGUAGCUAUGGGAGAUGUGUGGCUUCCAUGGGCUGAGGGCUCUGGAUGUGACAGCCCUGUGGUUGUGGGAACACAGGGACAGUUUACUGAGAAUCCAGAGAAAGGGAUGGACAAGGACAUCAACUCUUUACACAUGAAUAGGCCCAUAGAUGGGGUGGCCAGAUCCCCAGGGGAGGCUGGGACUGAAGCCCCGAUGGAGGUUCCUACUGAGUGGGCAGGCAGCUUGAUACCUAUUUCUGAUAAAGAGCCGCCUGCACCAGUUCUGCCAGAGCAGAGUCCUUCUCUCCUUAGUCCCCCAGGGACUGAAGUCUGUCUGUCUAGUGUAGCCAACCCUCAUGUGACCUCCCAGGACGAAGAGGGCGGAAGCCUAAAUCUUGAGUCCCCAGAGAGAUCUCCCAUGCCAGCAGCCCCGGCAGAAUGUGUAUGUGGAUUAUCUCCUCAGCUUCGGGGACCCUUGACCCAGACUCUGGGUGUCCUGGCUGGGCUAAUUGUGGUCCCUGUGGCUUUGAACAGUGGUAUGUCCCUUUUGGUGCUUGUGCUGUGCCUCUCUCUGGCCUGGUUCUCGUAGGGGCUACCCGCGUAGGGGCAGCAGAUUUCCUCCUCUUUGGGGUCUGAAGAUUUGUAGUCCCUCUAUUACCCCAAAGAGUUGAGAUGAGAUCUGUGGCCUGGUAGUGAGGGACUUUCUCUGAGCUCUCUAGUCAGCACCAGGCUUCCUACAGUAGUAUUUGUAGCGUGAAAAAGAAUGGUGGAUGGUGUGAAAUAUUUUAGAAUGGAACCAGGCAUGCCCCCCAACCCCCCCCCCCAAGCCUGUAUUUAUUUUUCUAUAAUUCUCUGGAUGAGGGAGAGUGGUCAUGAGCUGGUCUUGGGGCACAAUUACCCAGAGAUAUAUUUAUUAACAGCCAAUCUGUGCAACCUGCUGGAGCUUUAUUUUUAAUUUAAUUUAUAUAGAGUACCUAUUAUUAUAUGCCACAAUAGAGCUCUAUGAGAAAUGAUGUGUCUUGCUGUGCUGGUCUCCUGUUUGGACCUGAGUGUAUAGUGUGGUCAUAUUCUGGGGAAUGACCAUGGUCCAUGGUGGGAGUGGAGAUGGCCAUGGCCAUGCCUACUGCUGCCUCCUCAAUGUGUUCUUGAGGAUCUGUAUCUCUUUGCCUUGUGGUCCUAACCUAAUAUAUGUGGUCCUUUGGUCGUGCACAUUUUGUUUGUGGGAGCUUGUGUCUGUGUAUAUGGGUGGUUGUGGUGGGAGCCAAGGGGAAGAAUAUUGGCCAUAUGAAAUUUUGGUGUUAAUCACGUGGCUGCAGUCAACUGUAAAUAUGGAGACAUGGAUUAGCCACAAGGUUUUGAGGUUACUGAAAAAAAGCCAGCUUUUGACACCAGCAGGGAGACCCCUCAAACCCCCAAAUGGGGAAGGCCCCAGAAAGGAAUUAAUGUACUGUGAAAAAUUUGUAUCAGAUUUGUUGUCCACAGACAUUGCAUUUCUACUCCAAACAGGAAAUUCAGAUGCUUUAGAAGAAAGGUUAGAUACAUUUAUUGCAUGCAAAUAAAAACUCUUGGCAUAGCAAAAUAAAACACAUUAUAUUUAUUUA